GAUGUGCACACACAUGACAUAGCAAGAGGACUUAACAUUUGCCACUGUAUUUUCUGGAGAAAUGCAUUUGUUGUAGAUCUCAAAAUCACACAAAAGAUUCCCAAAGACUGCAAAAGGUGGAAAUGGAAUUGAAGAAACUACUGUCUCACACCAUCCUGCUGGUGCAGCCCACCAAGAGACCAGAGGGAAGGACGUACGCUGAUUAUGAAUCGGUGAACGAGUGUAUGGAAGGUGUGUGUAAGAUGUACGAGGAGCAUUUAAAACGAAUGAACCCCAACAGUCCGUCAAUAACGUACGACAUCAGCCAGCUGUUUGACUUCAUUGAUGACCUCGCUGACCUUAGCUGUUUGGUGUAUCGUGCCGACACGCAGACAUACCAGCCGUACAACAAGGACUGGAUCAAAGAGAAGAUCUACGUGCUGCUCCGCCGUCAGGCACAGCAGGCGUCUAAGUGAAGAGGCCUGAGUGGAUGAGUGGAGAGUUCAAGGGUGUGGAUUGUUUUUACUGUGUGUAGCUUGUUUUCAUAAAGUUUGACUUACUUUUGUUUGGGCUUAAGUUUUUUUUUCUUCAUUGAGAUGAAAAGGUGUAUUUUGUAUCUUGUUUGUUUGAUGAAUGAAUAAAGAUUUCCUUUUAAAGAA